AGUUGAGAUGUAGACAGGCUCCGCCCUGCUAGCUGUCAGGUAUGGUGCCGCUUGUGCUGGCAUUUUCCCCGAGGCACUUCCGUAGGUCGGGAGGAGGAAGGAGCAGCUCGGUUGCCUUCUGGGCUGAUUGCGAGUGAGCAUUGUGGUCAAAGACCUUUGGCCUUGGAGUCAGAUCUGAGCCCUGCUCACAGCGUACUCAUUAUAUCCUUGGGCAAAUCUCUCCUUCGAGCCUCAGUUUUCUCAUCUGUAAAAUGGAGGUAGGUUUUUUUUUCCCCCUUUCACUAGAAUGCAAGGUCAGUGAAGGCAGGAAUGGUGUGCUUCCUUUUCUUCUUGAAUCCCCAGGGUCUAGUCCAGUCCAUGACCUGAUAUAUGGGCAGACCUGGAAACUAUGAGGGACUAAGUAGAAGUAAGUUUACGGUGGAGAAACUGGACAGACGCUGCCUCACCCAGGUGAGGAAGGUCAGCGUCACUGGUCAUAAAUCAUGUUGAUGUGUACCCUUGAUGUGACGUUAUAGCAAUAGCACUUUACCUCUGUAGAGUAUAUUCCUCCCUGUAACCUAUAGCCUCAGUCUAAUCAUGAGGAAAACAUCAGACAAAUUCCAAUAAUGGGGCAUCCUGCAAAGAUUUGACCAGUACGCCCCGCCCCAAAACUGUCAAAGUCCUCAAAACUGAGGAAAGUUUGAGAAACAGUCAUAGCCAAGUGGAGCCUAAGGAGACGUGACAACUAAAUAUAAUGUGGUAUCUUGGAUGGGAUCCUGGAUCAGAACUAGGACAUUAGGUAAAAGCUAAGGAAAUCUGAAUAAACUAUAAAGUUAAAUGGAUAUAGUUUCAUUCAUUUUAACAAAUGUACUAAUGCAAGAUGUUAAUAGAGGAAACUGUGUGGGGCAGUAUACGGGGCCGUUCAAUACCGUCCCCUCAAUUUUCCUGUAAAUCUAACAUUUGAAAAGUCUUUUAUUAAAAAAAAGUGGCCCCCAGCGGCUUCCGGCCCCCACCUCCCGGAAGCAGGGGAGGGCUCUGCCCCUCACAAAGAUGGCGGCCGCCGGCCUCGCGGGAAGGUCCGCCCGGUACAAAGAUGGCGGCCGCGGCGGGGCGGAAGCGGAAGCAGAGCGGGCGCUCGAGCUGGCGCGGGAGGCGCGGGAGCGCGGCUGGGACGCGGGUUCGGGCAUGAAGCUGUGCCGGGCCGCGCUGGGCGUGCUGCUGCUGGCGCCGCUCGGGGUGCGGGCGGUGGAGCCCAUCAGCCUGGGCCUGGCCCUGGCCGGCGUGCUCACCGGCUACAUCUCCUACCCGCGCCUCUACUGCCUCUUCGCCGAGUGCUGCGUCCAGAAGCCGAACCUCAGCCGGAAGGAGUUGCAGAAGGAUCUGAACAGCAAGCUGUUUGGGCAGCAUCUUGCAAAGAAGGUCAUCUUAAAUGCUGUGUCUGGCUUCAUGAGCAACGCGAAGCCCAAGAAACCGCUCACCCUCUCCCUGCACGGCUGGACGGGCACCGGCAAAAAUUUCGCCAGCAAGAUCAUCGCGGAGAACAUUUACGAGGGGGGCCUGAACAGUGACUAUGUCCACCUCUUUGUGGCCACACUGCACUUUCCGCACGCCUCCAACGUCACCUUAUAUAAGGAUCAGUUACAGUUGUGGAUUCGCGGCAACGUGAGUGCCUGUGCGAGGUCCAUCUUCAUAUUCGAUGAAAUGGAUAAGAUGCAUGCGGGCCUCAUCGAUGCCAUCAAGCCUUUCCUAGACUAUUAUGACCACGUGGAUGGGGUCUCCUAUCAGAAAGCCAUCUUCAUAUUUCUCAGCAAUGCUGGAGCAGAAAGGAUCACAGACGUGGCCUUGGAUUUCUGGAGAAGUGGAAAGCAGAGGGAAGAAAUCAAGCUCAAAGACAUGGAGCACGCCUUGUCUGUGUCGGCCUUCAAUAACAGGAACAAUCGGAAAUGCAGUCCCGAGGCUAUGAAGUUGAUGAGGACAUUGUAACCAGAGUGGCUGAGGAGAUGACAUUCUUCCCCAAAGAGGAGAGAAUUUUCUCUGACAAAGGCUGCAAAACUGUGUUCACCAAGUUGGAUUAUUAUUACGAUGACUGAAGCCGGAGGCCUUGCUUCGAGCUGGAGAAGGAGGAACGCCACCCGACACCCUGCAUCGUUCCCGCACCUCCCCUCCCUUCCCAAUCGGUCUGUCCCGGCAGGAGUGAGAUGGAGUCUUCCUGUUCGACGGAGGGACUUCCCUGGGCCUUGUCUUCAUCCAGGAGCCUGCAGGCCACACGGCUUGCAGACGGCGGGCGCGGGACAGCCCCAGGCCUUCGGAGGAUGCAGCCAGCUUCCGGCCUGCCACCAGGCCUCAUGAUUUUUUAAAAAUCAUGUUUUAAUUUGAAGUGUUUCUGUUUCAAGGAAGGACGAAUAAUUUUACUGAAAAUGUGAUGACUUUAUUUAAAAUGAUUUUUAACAUUAUGAGAAACUUUUCAGACUCUUAA